AUGAACAGCAACAACGGAUGCGAAAUAAACGUAGACGAAAUUAUUGGCAAAUUACUGUCUUUAAAAAAUAAUAGAACAGGAAAAAAUGCCAAUUUAAGAGAAUCUGAGAUUUUGUAUCUCUGUGAAAAAUCUAAAGAAAUUUUUAUGAACCAAUCAAUGUUACUAAAAAUACAAUCUCCUAUAAAGAUUUGUGGUGAUAUACACGGUCAAUAUAGGGAUCUUCUUAAUUUGUUUAAAAUAAAAUAUCCUAAAAAUAUACAUUUAUUAAGAGGAAACCAUGAAAGUGCCUCAAUUAACAAAAUAUACGGCUUCUUUGAUGAGUGUAAAAGAAGGUUUAGUAUAAAAAUAUGGAAAUAUUUUACAGACACAUUCAAUUGUUUGCCCAUUUCUGCUAUAAUUAGUGAUAGAAUAUUGUGUAUGCACGGAGGAAUUUCUCCGUCUUUAAAGAAUCUAAAACAGAUAGAAAAUAUUUCAAGACCGACCGAAAUACCGGAUGACGGUCUUCUUUGUGAUUUAUUAUGGUCUGAUCCGGAGAAAAACAUCAAAGGAUGGGGAGAAAAUGACCGGGGUGUCUCAAUUACAUUCGGAUCGGAUGUAUUAACAAAUUUCCUCGAAGAAACAGAUUUAGACUUAAUUUGCAGGGCGCAUCAAGUUGUUGAUGAGGGAUACGAGUUUUUUGCUGAUCAGAGACUCGUCACAGUUUUUUCAGCACCGAAUUAUUGCGGAGAAUUUGACAAUGCCGGCUCACCAUAA